AUGUCUGUUGUGUGGGGAAAUGAUACCGUGCUUUUGCUUAUUGAGCUUUACGAAAGUCGUGACUUGUUAUGGGAUACUUCACACCGUGACUAUCGAAAUAAAAUAAAGAAAAAUGAUGCAUGGGAGGAUAUUGCCAAGGCGCUUAAAUUGCCUAGAAAAGAAAUAGAAGCCAAAGUACAUACCCUGCGUUCGCAAUUUGUCCGAGAAAGGAAGAAAGUGAAAUCGUCAAAAACUACUGGCAGUGGACGAGAGGACGUGAAGUCCAGUGCAUGGUUUGCGUAUGAUGCAAUGAAAUUUUUGCUAAAGGGAGCCACAACGUCUGGAAGCUUGGACACUUUGGACACAAACAGUCCACAAAGCCAAAACACGAUUUCGUCUCCGGAUGAAGAUGUCGUUCUACAGUCUCAAUCUACCGUUCCAGAAUUUCAAUCUCCUCAUCAACUAGAAUCGCAAUCUACCAUUGAUCAAGCAGAGCAACCUACAACCCCUGCACCAACACCUUCAUCGUCGCGACCAACUCGCAAGAGGAGCCACCCCAAUGAAGAUAGAUUAGAGGAGGCUUAUGAAGUUCUGCAUGCUGCUAAAAACAGAAUGAUGUCCCGAGAUGAAUUCGAUGUUUAUGGACAGUACGUAGGAACUGAGUUACGUGCAUUAAAUGACGAACACAGUGUAAUUAUGGCUAAAUAUUAUAUUAAUAAUAUUUUAUUAGAUGCACGCUUAGGAAAAUACCGUACAAUUUAUAAUAAUCAAAGCCAGCCAGUUGUUCAACAGGGCUAUAGCACUGCAUCCAGUGAUAUUAGCCCCGAGCCUUCUGAAGAGCAUAUUAUACAAGAUAUACUUGAAACUAUGGAUUCCUCGAACACUAAUAGCAUUGAUGGCACUAAUACUAAUUAAUUUACGUUGGUCGCUAUAUCCAUCUCGUACUCUUUAAAAUUUAUUUUACUGAAGAUUAAAAUACAAUUAUAAAUAAAAUAUAUGCGUUUUCUUUAACUUACCUUUACA